AUGAGCGAAUCCACACCUUACAGAGCCAGGAUACUGGAGCACAAUGCACAACAAGCCAGAUUCCGUGCGCAACUAUCGAUCGACGCAGCCCAGCAGGCCCAACAAGAAUUCGAGCGAGUCAAGCACGAGGUAAGGAAAGCAAAAGUCGCCUGUCACGCAAUGGAAGAUCGCGAGGAUGAUACCGAGCGCUUUGUUGUUGUGAAUCGUCGUCGACGUUUCGAUCGUGUGGAGAGUGCCAGUUAUACCGUUCUCGCCGCCUUCAAACGGCUUGUCGUUGCCGAGAAGGAGGCUCACGACAAGCUGGAGAGGGCGAGAGCAGAGAAGAUUGAGUCGAAGCCGGAAUACAAGGUCGUUAGGAAAGCGUCUUUGGAUUUUACUGCUUCGAUGUCGAAACGUAGUCGACGUGAGCGGGUGAAGCGUUGGAUGAAGUCGAUAUUGGGACGGUAG